AUGGGUGGCAGUUGGGAGGACCACUUUCCACUCAUUGAGUUUGCAUACAACAAUAGUUAUCAGGUGAGCAUUGAGAUGGCUUCUUUUGAGACAGCUGAUUUAGGACCCGACAUGGUACUCAAGACUAUUGAGAAAAUUAAAUUGAUCAGACAGAGAUUGCUCAUAGCUCAGAGCCGACAAAAGAGCUAUGCAGAUAGGCUGAGACGAUCGCUAUCUUUUGAGAUGGACAGGGUUCACUAUGUUUUUUAUGUGUCGAUACUACGGAAGUGUGAACCAGAUCCAUCUCAUGUUUUGGAUUGGGUUGACGUGGACAUUGGUGAAGAUGUCUCCUAUGAAGAGGGUCCAGUGCAGAUCCUUGACACCAAGCAGAAGGUGUUAAGGGGUAAGACGAUGCAGUUGGUGAAAGUUCUUUGGAGACACCACAGAGUUGAGGAGGCUACUUGA